UGAGGACAUGGAUGCAUAUAAAUUCUAACCAAUUUUUCAUCAAUUGUUCAAGCAGGCAACACGCGAUCACAGCAGUUUGUCAUCAGCCACCACGAUGCGUUCUCGCGUUUCUUUCGUUGUUCUCCCUAUCUUUGCUGCGUUAUUCCUGUGGACGACAGCUCAGGGCCAGAACACAACGUUGGGUACUCGUUUCGAUGGAUACAGUUAUGCAUCGAAUGUGAUCGGCUACGUCAACAUGACCAUGGACUACUGCGACAUUCAGGCCGCCAUCACUGCCGGCAACUUCAGUGCUGCCCUCGGAAUCUACACCACCGGAAAGAACUCAUGGAAUGGCCUGACACGCCGCACGUUCUACCGUUUCGCCAGCUUCACGCCCGGCGCUGGUGUCGUGGAGCCCCUGCACGACGCCCUGGCUAUGGGCCGCAAUGCCUCAUGGCUGGACUCCAUGAUCAAGGAUGCCAUCGCAAAGCGCAACGGACCGCUGGCUGCUGGCCUGAUCCAGGUUGCAGUGCUGAAGUACUUCUUUCACGAGGUGGAUGAGGGCUUCACCAACGUCGCCACCUACCUGAACGACACCGCUAACAACGGCAUACUCAUUAGCGAUGCAACGGGUGCACCCCACAAUGUUGACGAGGCGUUUGCGCUGUGGGCCGGUGGCAGCCCCAGCGCGUGCACGACCCUGUCAAGCUGGGCGGCUCAGCUGGGCGCGGACCUGGAGACGACCUUCGUGGGCAGAUCCUAUAUCAACAGUGCCAUGACUCUGGCGUUGAACGAGCUGCAGGCUGCUGCGCGCAAAGGGAACGCUGUGUCGUACAAUGACACCCGCGCCAUGGUCCAGCGCUACAUCACCCUGCUCGGGCUCCAGGGCGUCAUGCGUUCCGUGUACCGUGCGGAGGUCGCAGUGGCCUGCAAGCGCCCUGCAGCACAGAUUGCAGAAGCCCAGGCCUUCAUUGCCGUACACUUGACCUACCUUGAGCCCAUGCUGCUGGCGAGUAACGUGCGCCCCGCAUUAGUCCAAGACCUGAACCGCGCCCUGACGAACUCCACACCAAGCUACUCGCGAGCCCUGCCCGCCAUCAGGGUGGUGGUUUCAGCACUGGGCCGCCGCAUGGCCGAGGUUGGCGAGCCCAGGUUCGAGGUCAUCACUGCUGGCUGGACCAACUGCAAGCUCAACUCCCCUCCGGUGGUCGGGCGCCGCCUUCUGUAGAGAGAGAAGAGGGUGUGGCGUGCUUUUACCAUUUCGUGAUUUGGAUCGCGAUCGGAGGAACAGGCUAGACAGGAGCUUAUUAUUGCCUACGUGCGCGCGUUCUUAUAAUGGUGCCUGCAGGCGCAUGCAGCUCGCUUAGCAUAGGGUGUAUGUACGUGCGGACCGUCUUCAGUACUCGGGUGGGCUAUAGCCCAUGCUCAGCAGAUCAUAUCAUGUCCAUGUGCCACGGCCCUGGGGUGCCAGCAGCAGUAUUAGGGUCGCUAGUUGAUCUAUAGCAGGACUCAUUGCUCAUAAUUUGCUGCAUGGAUGGAUGCAGAACAGACGCUCGUGAUCCCCCUGUCGAUGUUUUGUAUGUUGUAUGUAUAUACGAGUCGAAAGUAGUGCUGACGACUGGUACUGGUGACGAGCUAUGGGUCCCUGAGCCUUCGUGAGUGCCUAGAAGGCCGAGCAUCAAAAUCAGAUCUGAUAUGGAUUUGCCACGCUUCGAGCAUAUGAAGGACGCUAUGAAGUGGGAACCUGAACGCCUGGCAGUGAUGCUGUAACGUAUGUGGUCCCACCGCAACUCUAUCGUUCCCUUCGGUCGUUAGUCUGCUUUAGCACCUGCUUUGUCUGAACUGCGAGGUAGGAUGGUACUUAUAGGCGAUCUGGCAGCCCUUGCGCCCUCGGCUUGCAGGUACAGGGAACGGACCCCACGACCAUGUAACACACGCACACAC